CUUUUGCUAUUGUCGAUAGUUUGCUUGUUUUGUCAAUGCGAUUCAAGUGACACGAUUUAUAUGGUAGGUUAGUUUGCUUUAACCUGUACUUUUAAUUGCAUUGAAAGUUCAAGACGAUGGAGGCUGAACGUGCUGGAUGUGUACGAAGGUUAGACGAAGUACGCGAAACCUUAGAGUUAGCUGCUAUUAAAGAGUCUAGUUUGCAAAAUGUGACCCAAAUAUUGUAUUCUAUGUCGGAACGUGAUUCAGAAACUCGCAUAAAGUUAUUAGAACUCGAUGAACGUUUAUUGGAAACUAUCAAAGUAGGAAAUAGUUUAAUGUUUAAAGGCAAUAAGCAAGAUUCUGUUGUUUUGUGUACAAAAAGUCAAACAUACGACAUUAAGGAAGCAGAAACCUCCAAUUCGUGUAUAUUAAUACCAAAUUUAAGUUUAUCCAAACAAGCAAGUACAAAUACAAAGGAUCGCGUAAUAAAAACUUGUAAUGUCUCAGGGGUUUUUCAUAAGUAUUACGAGGUAAAGGACUGUAAGCCCAAGUUAGAGAAAUUACUUAGCGUGCUUGAACCCACUUCUUUCAAAGGAAUAGAGUAUGAAUCAACAAUAGCUCAAGAACUUUUGUAUGAUUGGCAUAAAUUAAAAAAUGAAAUACAAGCCAGCGAAGAUGAACUGUAUCAAGCACUAAAUGAAUAUUCGAUAGUUAAUAUCGAUGGGUAUUAUCGUCUGAUAUCAUUCGAAUUUGAAGUAAAAUGUUUAACGUUAAUGUUGGAUUUUUUCGAUGAAAAUUGUUGGGAAUUAAAUCAGGUAGACAAAGAAGUUACAUACGAGUCAUUGAAGGAAUUUAUUCCCAAGCCUGUAUUUGAUCUUUUAUUUGCCAAGUAUACAGAAACAAGUAACGAAUCGAAAGAAGAUGGAACACGUUUGUAUAGAUACAGCGAAGAGAAAUGCUGUAGAUCCUUGGCAAAAGUUCUACUUAUCGCCUCGCCGGUAACCGAGUAUAAGCAAUUUAUGGAAUCAUGGCAAAUCGGUACUCCGGAAAAAAUGGAAUCAAAGGAAGAAUAUUUGAGCGGUAUAGCGCUUGUUACGUGGAAUAGUUCAACAUUGAAAAAAGAAGUAGUAUCUUUCUCAGAAACAGUAUUGUCAAAUAAUAUUAACGAGAGGUUCAAUGAACUGUUCAAAGCAAAAGAUAAAUGGACAGUACAAGAAAUAACACCUUACAUUGUAAAUUUGUCAACGACCAAACUAAAUGUCAACGCUCUUUUAACUAAAUAUGCUAGAUGUUCGAUAGUUAAUGGUAUUAAGUAUUAUAGCUCGAAGCUCGGUAAAUAGUUGAAAUGAUUGAAACUGUUCGUUAUACUGAAAUCAUUCGCGCCGUUUAUUUCGCUUGUGAUCAUGAUACAUAGUUACAUUUACACAAUUUUAUAAAUAUCUUCGAAGUAUUAUUACGCAUUGUGUUUACUUUUAUCAUUCGUCAUCUAAUCGUGAAGAGUAACACGUUCAAUCAUGAUAGACUGCCGUAACUUCGAUACUUAUUCCUUCUUAGCAAACUGUGUUUGUAGUUCGAAGGACAACUACCAGCACUAUUAGUUACAAAUGACUCGUACAUUUAUCAUUUCGUCAUAAAUUACGAAAUCUAAUAUUAUAUAACGUGAUUGCGGAACAAUUUUAGCCGUUAAUGUUAAAAUAAAAUAAGCUUUUUUAUA